AUGACGAACUAUAAAUGGGAUAUGAAACAAAACUAUAUGCUAGCGUUUACUGUUUGUAAAUAUGGUUUGAAUUCAGAACGAUGGGAUUUAAUUUCGAAAGAUCUAGCUGAUUUUAUUGAUACAACACCACAAAUUUGUAAAGCACAAUUCGGCCUUUUGUGUCAACAAUACAGCCAAGACUGGCGAAAAGAAUUAGCUGAACCUCUUGAUAGCUAUGUGUUUUCAACAAUAAAACGUAUUUAUUAUGGUGAUCUAUGUGGAAGAAUGGCUGAAUCAAGAGAUUUGCUUAUGGCCAUAUAUGAUUUCAUACAUUUGUUUAAAACUGGUCGGCUUAAACCAAAUGAUAUAGGUGAUAUUUUACAUGAUAUUAAAAAUAGUGCUUCAACUGAUAGUAAUAUCCAAGCUAAUGAACGAGAACAAAAAAUAAAAAUGCUUGAGCGUCUUAAAUCACAUAUGACAAAACAAGUAUCGAUUCAUCAAUAUUCAUCAUGUCCAGUUGAAUUGCUACCUCCACUACCACCAGCCUUUCAUCACCAACCAAUAAUUAAACAUCAUAUUUCUCAAGAAGAACCGGUCGAAGCGAAACUUGAAAAUGAUCGUCAAGUACCGUCAAUUGAUAAUCAUAUUAAAUCUGAAACAACAUAUACAUCGCCAUUUCCAAUAAUCGCACAGUCAAAUAAUGUUUUUCUUAAAGAUGAAAAAGAUCUUUCAAAUAAUAAUAAUAAUAAUAAUAAUCAAUCAAAUGAAGCUGAUAUCGAAGAAAUUGAACUUAGUUCAAAUAAUGAUGAUGAUGGCGAUGAUAGAGUCGAAACAGGAUACACGCCUCAUAAGGAUGAACCCAUAAAUAGUACAAGUAUAGUUAUUGAACAGGAUGAGUCAUCAUUUAUGUCUGCUGAACAAACGGAAAUAAAUGAAUCAUUAACUAUUCCGCCACUACCGCCAGCACCAGCAACUUUUGAAGUAUCUAAUUCGAAUGAUAGAUAUUUAUAUGAACAUGCAAGUAGUACUGGUAUUAGUAAUCAAUCAACAUCCGAUACUCGACUAUCGACUGAAGAACAAACAUCGUUCAGUAGUAAUGUUCCAUUGGUAGCAUCGAAUCAUUAUCUGAAUACAAAUGUAAGUAGUUCGAAUGAUAACUAUAUGUUCGGUACUGAUCAAGUGCAACUGACACAAGAUCAAAAUCGUCAUGUAACUGAAAAUGAAUCGAUUUCAACAACAUCAAGACGUGUGUCUGUUGAAGACAAUGAAACGAACCAAAUGGAUACGACUGAACAAAGUCUCGAUGCUCACACUGAUGUUACAGUACAGAGUAAUCAUUAUGCUAGUUUUGCUGUUGAUGAAACAGUAUCAAAUGCAGAUACUUCUAAAGCUUCAAUUAUAUCAAAAUCCAAUGAAAAUGAUGAAUCAACAGUAGCAAAUAGUUCGAAAAGAAAAUCACGUUUGAGAACAGUCUCAAUCUCAAACAAUUACCGUAAAUCAAUUAUGUCAGUUCUUGCUAAUUUAAAAACUGCUAAAUAUGGUUCUGAUUUUGCUAAACCACUUAAGUCAUUUAAAUUACCUGAAGAAUAUUAUGUUCAUGUCAAGAAACCAUUAGAUAUACCUGAAAUACGUGAACGUAUGAAUAAUGGUGAUUAUGAUGAUAAUCUUCUAUUAUUUGAACGCGAUAUUUUAUUAAUGUUUACUAAUGCUUUAUCAAUGUAUCAUCGAGAUCUAGAUAUUCACGGACAUGCACAAUUCAUGUUAAAUUAUGCUAUGGAAUUAUUUUUACCUAUCGAAAACGCGCGUACUCCGUGGAAAAACGAUGAUAAUCAAGUUGAUGAUAAUGAUUCAUCAAGUAUGUUUCAUCGUGAUAAUGAAACGGAUAGUGAUGAUAAUAUAUUGAAUACUUUAUCAAAUAUUCGAACACCUUCAAAAUUAUCACCAUCGUCGUCAUCCAGUCUUAUUGAUUCAUCAACAAAAAGUCUUCGACGUCAAACAACACCAGAUCAUCGAAUACAUAAACGUCAACGUAAAACGAUUCAAUAA